AUGAUACUCAGGUUCGUUAGUAAAGAGGGCCAAUUCAGAUUGACGGUACAGCCCGAGGAUACUUUCACAGAUAUUCUCCCACAAAUCGCCGAGAAGCUCCCUAAGAAUGCCGAUCUCCAGAGCCUCAGUGUCAGCAACCGUCCGCAAGGUGGCGAUGCGAGGAAAUUCGUAGAUCUUGAAGGUGUGAGCUUCAAGCAAGUGAACCUGUCGAAUGGCGCACAACUCUUCCUAUCCUUUGAAGAGCAAUCUACGCCAUCGAAUGGCCAUGCUGCAAUUGUCUCUGGUGGCGCGCGACUCAACGGCAAACCCGUCCAACCCUCCGAAACCGCCUCUGUGCCCCUCGAUGCCCCCACACAGAUCAUAAAGAAGCCAUGGGAAGUGGUCAGACAGUCUCCGCUUGAUGAUCGGCUCGAUAGGCAAGAUGGCAAGAUUCCUCGCAAACGCGACGCCCGCAUGUGCACCCACGGACCCAAAGGCAUGUGCGACUAUUGUAUGCCGCUGGAGCCCUACUCGCCCGAGUACCUUGCAGAAAAGAAGAUCAAGCAUCUUUCCUUCCACUCGUACCUGCGCAAGGUGAACUCGGCAAAGAACAGACCAGAGCUCGGAAGUUCUUACAUCCCACCUCUGACCGAACCCUACUACCGCGUACGACCUGACUGUCCAUCGGGACACAAGCCAUUCCCAGAGGGUAUCUGCACAAAGUGCAUGCCCAGCGCCAUCUCGCUCAAACCGCAAGAAUAUCGCAUGGUGGACCACGUUGAGUUUGCAUCUAUACAGGUUGUCGACGAUUUGAUCAACUUCUGGAGGCAAACUGGUUGUCAGCGAUUAGGUUUCUUAUACGGCAGAUAUGAGGAGUACACUGAGGUGCCACUAGGGACAAAGGCUGUGGUUGAGACCAUUUACGAGCCACCACAGAUCAAUGAAGUAGAUGGCAUAUCGUUGGGUGACUGGGAUAACGAGCAGGUUAUUGACGACAUCGCCGCACAGUGCGGGCUGCAACGAGUCGGUGUCAUUUUUACUGAUCUUCUCGACGCCGACAAGGGCGAUGGCUCCGUCAUCUGCAAGCGACACAUAGAUUCCUACUACCUGUCUUCGCUUGAGGUUUGCUUUGCGGCACGGUAUCAGGCAAAGUAUCCUCGGCCGUCAAAAUGGAGCGAUACCGGUCGACAUGGAUCUAACUUUGUAACAUGUGUUAUUAGCGGAGAUGACCAAGGUCAGAUUGGCAUCUCAUCUUACCAGGUAUCAAACGAUGCUGUUGAGAUGGUGCGCGCCGACAUCAUCGAGCCUUCCGCGGAACCCAAGGUUAUGCUUGUCCAGUCAGAAGAAGACAACGAGGCGCUUAACCGCACGCGAUAUAUUCCUGAAGUUUUCUACCGAAAGAUCAACGAGCACGGUGCAAACGUACAAGAAAUUGCUAAACCUGACUUUCCAGUUGAGUAUCUGCUUCUUACACUUACUCAUGGUUUCCCUACUCAGCCCAACCCUCUCUUUACUGGCGGCAAGUUUCCAAUUGAAAACCGCGAAGCCAUGGGCGAAAUGCCCGAGAUUACACAUCUUAGCAAGGCUCUCAAUGCCAAGGCAAAUGGCCUCGCUCUCAACACUGCCAGUGGCUUAAAGGCGAUUUCGAACUUUCACAUGCUCUGCUUCAUCCACAACCUGGGCAUCCUAUCAAAGGACGAAGAAUCGCUUCUGUUCAAGGUUGCAUCGACGCACGAUACCUCAGAAGGCUCAGCACUCCAGCACACACCAGGCUGGGCAACUCUUCUAACCAUUCUCAAAGAAAGUGGUGAGCGCCCCCCGAAACGUUCCUAUCAGUCUCCCUCUCCCUCUCAAUCAGCCAGGAGGGGGGCUGCAGCACCUCUUCCCCUGGAGCACCAGCGUACAAUGCGACAGCCCUCCUAUGGCUCAGAUUCCGAUUCAGUACAAUUGGCUAAGCGGGUCAAGGGGGUUAGGCUGAAUGGGAAGUAG